UUCGACAGAUGUGCGCAGUCAUAUAUUUAGGCUGGGCCCCUAGUUAGCGCCGUCCGCAAGCGAGGUAAAAAAUAGCUUCGCUUGGCCAAACAUGAUAAGAACCAAGUAUUUAUUAAAAGGGUCUUGUUUUUGUUUCAACCCAUCAUCAUCGCGCUCAUCCUUCUUUCUUAUCUUUUUCAAGAACCCUUGCUCACAAUCAACAUGCGUUUCGCAAUUGCUUGCCUCGCCGUGCUGUUGGCUACGGUCUCGACCAUCAAAGCUCAAGACCAAUUGAUCGAAUAUGGAAUCUGCUCGUGCUUCAACCCCAAGUAUGACGCUUCGUGCUGUAUCGUUGCUAAAGGCAGCAUGUACGAAAACGUUUGCGACACUCCGGACUUUGACUCUUCGGUUGAAGCUUACAAAGCCUGCUGCUCCAAGUCUGGCGGCCGCAUCAAGUGCAAGCCGGGCUACCGUGACCCCAAGAAUCCUUGGCCCCCAAAGGGAUCAUACAGCUGCAGCAAGCCUUAGAUAUAACCGCGGCAGUUUUGCUGAUGAUUUUGUAACAAUCAUGUCGAUGUUUCCCUUCUAGUGGGAUCUCACUCCUCACAAUAAAGUACAUGGAUCGACUUAACUGAGUA